CUCAACCUGCCAAAUACCAAUUACCUGGCAUUGACAGAGCACACUAACAACAAAACUGUUGGAUUUAAGGGAUACAUAAUCACUGUAUUCCCUUACUGCGUAGAGUUGUAGCUUUUUCAAUCAAGGAAUGUAAUAUACUCUGGCAGAUGGAUGUGAAGAUGAAAUAUCUAUGCUGUAAUCCCCUCAAUUCUUCAACACAGGCUGGUGUCUGACAUCAGGAAGUUGGCAUCAGUCUAGACUUCUAACAAAGCUCAAUGCCAGAAAAUUGGACUUGCUCAACUUGAUUUUAGAACUUGCUCAACUUGUUUUCCAUGUGUCGCCAGAAACACAGAGGUGUGCUGAUGGGGUUGUGUAUGGACAUAUCUGACAACAGUUGAUAAUCACAGAUGAAGAAAACAAGUGCUUGAGGAUCAAAGUGGUACAAACCUCAAUGUGUCAAAUUUGAGGAAAAUUAUGAAAGCAAUGUUUUUGUGGUGGUCGCUUGCAAUCCUUCUCUUGAUCCAGAUUGUCGCUUCAGCUUUGGAGUUGGAAAUGCUUGACUAUAAGAGUGAACACUUCACCUGCUCAAAGGGUAUCUCUAACUGCACAGUGAAGGCAGGUGCUGUGGUUCUGAUCCCAGAGUGUCCUGUCGAUCUGGAGGUGCAGCCGGUGCUGUGCUGCAGACAGGGCACGGCAUGCAGACCCUGCCUACACAUUCACCUUGACAUCCAGCCCAGAAACCACCAGACAGCAUCAUAUAUGAAUGUAUGUUACAACGUACCAGAACUAGGAAUGGAGAUUUGCAAGAUUCUGGAAUUCACAGUGAUCCCUGCUGCUCUGGAUGGGCAAGCUACAUCCAAGCAGGCAUGGCUGUCACUGCUGCUUAAAGAUAAUGCAGUGUCCUUCAACAGUCAGGUGACUGUGUAUGUUUGUUCCCACCACUCGAAAGUGGUGCUUCCCUCAGUGGAUGAAGUGUGCUCAUCUGCUGCACAGGGGGUUGUAGAAGAGUGUGACAGACACUCUCCCAGAAGGAUGUUGACAUGUUCAGUCCCUAGUUUCAGCGCUCUGAUUGAUCAGGAAAGUCAUGAGGUGAGGCUGCAAGUCAACAAGGCAGAUGACAGCCCCUACCCACUGGAAAUGUGCCUACAACAUGAAGUUAAUGGAGUGUGCAGGACCUGUAAGGAGAGUACAGUUCCACUGCACUCUGUCACCCCCUGCAUGUGCUUCCAGGUGUGGUGGAAUAAAGGAGACGAGAGGUCUCAUCGAUCCAUUAGCUGUCCCUUUAGAAACCACACCGAGCUGCUGCAGAGGAAUGUAUGGGAGAAUGUGUCAGUAUCUGUGGUGCAGGGCCAAAUGAACAGUGGUGGUGCCAUGCUAUCCUGGAACCUGACUGCCCCCUGUAGGGUGGAGGCAGAAGUGUGGCCCUGCCAGAAAGGUGCAGGCUUGGACAUGGACAGGUGCACAGAGCUGGUUGCCUUUAGGCAGCGUCUGUCAGAUGACAUUUGGAGGGAAAACAGCAGGGGACACUGGCUGAUGCCCGGUGUGUUUGAGGAUGUCGUACUUGGCCUUGAUCUCUGUGUGAUGGUAAAAGGGAAGAACAGUGAGCUUGGCCCCUUCUGUCCCAUUGACUCCAGUUGGUGGCACUGGCGCUGGAGUCUGUUGGUCCUGCUCUCCCUGAUGCUGGCUCUCCUAGCAGCAAUUUGUCUAUAUUUCCUGCAUGGUAAACUGAAACGGUGGGCAUGGGAAUGGUACCAGAAGGAGUGUGGUCGAUUAGCCUACAGGGGACACAUAGUGCUGCUGAGCCCACCGGACGUGGAUGGCUCUGUGUCAGAGCUGGUGUGUGAGCUCGGUUCCUCUCUGUGUGCCCAGGGCUUUAGUGUCUCUGUGGACCUGUGGAGUCGGGCUGAGCUGUGCUCUCUGGGGCCCCUGCCAUGGCUGCACUCCCAGCUGCAGCACCUGGACAGUCAAGGGAUCCGGGCAAUACUGGUACUGACACAGGCAGCCUGGGAGAGGGCAGAGGACUGGGUCCGACAGUGGGACCAGCAGGGCCAACAGGGAAAGGAUAUAGUCCAGGGAGUGAAGAAGGAGGAGGGGGGUGAGGAGAUGGAGGGGGAGGAUAAUGGGCUUCUCCAGGGCUUGUCCUCCCCGUAUGCAGACGUGUUCAGUGCUGCUCUGAGCUGCAUCAAGGCAGAACACAAACUGGGCUGUGCUGGAGAGCGCUUCCUCCUGGUGCACUUUGAGGCCCAUUCUGCCAAGCCCCCCAUCAGUGAGAGGGGUCUCCCAGAGCUGUUUCAAGGGCUGCCCAUGUUCCAUCUGCCCUCCCAGAGCCAGGGGCUUCUCGCUGAGCUGGCCAUGGGGCCCACAGGGCCCGAGGCUGGUAUAGGUGGACAUAGGGUCUGAAGGAAGCUACACAGAGACUGUCUGGGGGACUUAUGCUUUUGUGGAGAGACUCAGGGGGGUACCUGAUUAAGGAACUGCCUCAUAAGUGUGUUGUCACUGGAUCGCAGGCCGUGCCGUUACAGCAGAACAGUCACCCUGAGAUCAAAUCUACUCCAACCACUAAGACAAUACCGGCCCCCCUCAUCACCACAAUAACCCCAGACUUUACAUUCACACUGAAUACACUGGACAUGCAAUGUGUUGGAUGCAGAAGCCUUGGAUUGUAUUUGGUGAUGUUAUGAGGGCUUUUAUUGAGCCAAUACACAGUGUGUAACCUACAGUAGGCGUACACCUUCUGGAAGGACUUCUAUGUGUGAAUUAUUAUGUAGGCUACAUGAAAUGUUUAACAAUUGUUCUUUAUCUUACUCUUAAUUCAUGAUUUGUCGAUAGAAAUGUCUGAAAGGCCUAUUGGAAUAUUUGCUGGAUCAAAACUCAAGAUAGGACAAACCUGAAUGAUAUGCAGUAAUCUAGAGGUUAGAGAGGCAGACCAACAACUGUUAAGGAGUGUACAUUAACAUACAAAAGCUGUCCUCAUUCUUCAACUCCAGUUAUGAUAUUGGCAAAUAAUGUUUCUGGUUUCUGAAAGUACAGAAUAAAGAGGAACUAUUCAUUAGAAUACAAUAUAAGGAUAUAGCAAUAAAACAAUACUACAAAGAAGUAACAUAAUAAACACUGCUAUAAAAAAAAUAGUUUAUUGCAUUGACAAAAUCACAGAUUUGAGUUAUAACAGUAAGAAACUAACUUUUGAACUCCACAAGGGGGCAAGGCAGGGCAGAACAGAGCUAUGCUGAAUAGACCAAAUAAACAAACCAUGGUCAUAUUUUUUAUUUAUUUAACUAGGCAAGUAAUUUAAGAACAAAAUAUUAUUUACAAUGAUGGCCUACACCGGCCAAACUCGGACAACGCUGGGCCAAUUGUGCGCUGCACUAUGGGACUCCCAAUCACAGCCAGUUGUGAUACAGCCUGGAUUUGAACCAGGGUGUCUGUAGUGCCAUAGACCGCUGCGCCACUUGGAAGUCAUAAGGACAGGGUAGCUUCAAAAUACAACACAUGCUAAUAGUUUUCUGAUGCAAUUAGCAUCAUUUUACAGAGCUAAUAGAAUAAUGUAGCUAGGUAAGCAUGAUUGACAAUAACACCACAAAGGUUAUAAAAUGAGUAACGUUACCUCACGUGUCCGCGGUGAUAAAGAAUAUACACAAAUAUAUUAUGCUCCAUACAUACAGUAAGCUACAAUAGAAAUGUGGAAUAGAAAAUGUGAACACGUGUGCAGAUCCUGUUCUGACGGGAGAUGAGCAAAUGUCUGCAGACGUGAACUGCACAAACAAUUGGGAAGUGCUUGGGGAAUUUUGUCCGUUUCAGAAAUGUCCCAAAAAUGUAAUUAUCCGCAAAAGUAAAAAUGACUAUUUUUAUGUGAAUGAAUGAGGAGGCGGAACACGCCUAAAUUCAAACUGUUUUUAGAAAAUAAAAACUUGCUUGAAAAUAAUUUGAAAUGGAAGUUAAAACAACCUAUAAAUGUAAACAGGCUGCGUGCUUUAGUUUGAGGGCAGCGCGGAUAAAAUGUACUGUUACGUAUCAAUCACAUUCGGGAAUGGAGAGAACAUUCUAACAUCACGUGCAUAAAAAAAACUCACGCUGGGGCGACCGUUAGAGAUAUUUGGAACUCACGCAUGAAAGCGUUAAAAGUCAGGUAAUAGCGUUUAAUUCAAGUGAGUACUGCCUCUAAAUACAAAGAACAUGACAUUUUAAGGAGAGAACAUAAAAUGACUUCAUCAGUUUCUCACACUCUCUCCGAUCCUCACAAUAGCGCAGUGUCUUCAGAUCUGGAGACUGUCUUCUACUCCCCUCAUAAAACAAACAUUCCAAUGUGUCUAAAAGAUAUACUUUUCUCCACUAAUGGAACAUCAAACAAACAUUCUUAUCUGUCUGAAAAGAUAUAUGCCAUCCCUCUCCCUAAAACCCGCAAGGUACAGACAAUUAAUUUGUUUUACCUACAUUUUCGGUCCUAGUUUAACCAAGAACCCAUACAUUUCAUAUCAUAACAUAAUAGUAUUAAAAUAGAUGGUUCUAAUUUAAAUGUAUACAUAAUUAAUCAUUUCAACCAUAAUUUCCUCCAACAGCAACAUAGCUGACUUGAGCCAUUGUCAACAGUUUCAGGGCCAUUGGGCCUUUCUCGUGAUGGAAAAAUACAGAAUAACAUGAAGACAGGAACUGUACCGUCUUUUGUUAGAUAACAGGAGCCAGGUGUGUGAUAACUGUAUCGAGAGUAUGAGCGCAUAGAUAUUCUACACAACAACGCCUGACCGCUGAAGCGCCUGGGGGCUGGGACCAGUUCGUGCGCCAACAAUCAACAAUAGGCUGGGUGAGUUUAAACCACGCCCAGUCUCUACUCUGUGACAGGCCGUCUCGGAAGCAGGAACUAUUUCUGUCAGAGUAUAUUAUACUAACUUUUUCAGGAACAAGUCAGUUCUCUGUUCUACCCUGCGUGGUGUUACAGCGAACCCGUAUAUACGAAAAUUGCAUUUACCACGUAUUGCUUAGCUAACAAAAAGUACACAGCAUACAAUCGGUGACUCAGUGUCAUACUUCUCCUGAUACCAGAUUCAAUUGACGCAACCAUUAACAGUAGGUGAGUGGGACAGUGGGAUAGUGUGCGUGUGAGUAUGUCACAGAGUGUGUCUUUCUCUAAAUCCUGUGUGGCUCAGUUGGUAAAGCAUGGCGCUUGUAACUUUUUUAUUUUAUUUACAUUUUUUAAGUUAACCUUUAACCAGGCAAGUCAGUUAUGAACAAAUUCUUAUUUACAAUGAAGGCCUACACCGUCCAAACCUGGAUGACGCUGGGCCAAUUGUGUGCCGCCCUAUGGGACUCCCAAUCACGGUCAGUUGUGGGUUUGAUUCCUUGAUUCCCACGGGAAAACAGUACGAAAAUGUAUACACUCACUACUGUACGUCGCUCUGGAUAAGAGCGUGUGCUAAUUUACUAAAAUGUCAAUGACAAUUUUGGCGUAUGUGUUUAUAUGCAUUAGUUUAUAAAAAAUACUGUACUGAAAUUUAUAUAAUACCUGCUCUGUUCCUAUAAUACCUGCUCUGUUCUGUUCCUACAAUACCUGCUCUGUUCUGUUCCUAUAAUACCUGUUCUGUUCCUAUAAUACCUGCUCUGUUCUGUUCCUAUAAUACCUGUUAUGUUCCUAUUAAAGGGCAACCGAUUAUGAUUUUGUCA